AUGCCGCUUCUCAAUGCCGCUGGGGACACCAAGAGCUCUAUUGUUCAACCCAAUGCUGUAAGGGGAGGAUGGCUAACUGAUUCUUCUGCGGCUCAUCCUUCUGGUCCUGCUGCUCGCGGCGUCGUCGCAUACACCACGAAUAGAGACCUGCCAUCCAUUGCUUCCCGAACCGCUUAUUCUCUCAAUGACGGUGCGAUCCCCCCAGCGUCUCCUCCGAAAGUUGGUGCGGAGGGAGGCGGGAGCAAGUGGUAUGCCCUAGAGUUGGAAGACGGCACUGUCUACCAGGGCUACAGCUUCGGUGCGGACAAGAGCAUUGCCGGCGAGUUGGUAUUUCAAACCGGCAUGGUGGGCUACCCAGAAUCGAUCACAGACCCUUCCUACCGUGGCCAGAUCUUGAUCAUUACUUUUCCCCUGAUAGGCAACUAUGGUGUUCCCUCGCGUGAAACGGUCGAUGAACUUCUCGGUAAAGAACUACCCAAAUAUUUCGAGUCCAGUGAGAUCCAUGUCGCUGGUCUUGUGGUAGCAAACUACUCUGGAGAGGAUUACUCCCACUAUCUAGCUGAGUCGUCUCUCGGUCAAUGGCUGAAGGAUCAAGGAGUGCCUGCCAUGCAUGGCGUCGAUACUCGCUCCCUCACCAAGAGAAUUCGAGAGAAUGGGAGCAUGCUUGGCCGCAUGCUUUUGCAGAAAUCCGAUGUCAGCGUUGAAACCCUGAACGGCGACGCACCGAGAAACGGCUUGGCAGCAGCAGCUGUUGAUGACGAAGAAGGAUCUGAUCUUUGGAGAGCAUCAUUUGAGAGGAUUGAAUGGGCGGACCCUAAUAAGAGGAACCUUGUUAACGAUGUGUCUAUCAGGAAUCCCCGUUUGUUCUCACCACCAACAGAUUCGACGCUUUCUCACCCUUCUGGUCGCCCGAUUAGAGUCCUGUGUGUUGACGUUGGUAUGAAAUACAACCAACUAAGGUGCCUUCUCUCUCGCGGCGUCGAAGUGCUGGUCGUCCCCUGGGAUUACGAUUUUCCCAGCUUGGCCGGAAAGGAAUAUGACGGCCUGUUCCUUUCCAACGGCCCAGGCAAUCCCGCUACGCUUUCCAAAACAGUGGAGAAUAUUAGAAUUGCUACCGAGGACUCCCGGACUCCGAUCUUUGGUAUUUGUCUCGGACACCAAUUACUUGCACGUGCUGCUGGUGCAUCCACCAUUAAGAUGAAAUUUGGUAACCGCGGUGCAAACAUCCCUUGUACCAGUCUUAUAUCUGGUCGCUGCUACAUUACCUCUCAAAACCACGGAUAUGCAGUUGAUUCCAUGACUUUGCCAGAGGGCUGGGAGGAACUCUUCGUCAAUGCUAAUGAUGGGAGCAAUGAAGGCAUCAGACACGUUACCCGCCCAUUUUUUAGCGUCCAAUUCCAUCCGGAGAGCGCUCCAGGACCCCAGGACACAGAGUUCUUAUUCGAUGUUUUCAUCGAUGCUAUUAAGAGAAGCAUGAUAUCGACUAGUGCCCUAGCAGAGCCUGUUAGCUUCCCUGGCGCCACUGCUGAAGAGAAUGAGCUUAGAAGCCCAAGAGUCAACGUUAAGAAAGUUUUAAUCCUCGGUAGCGGUGGUCUCAGUAUCGGACAGGCUGGAGAGUUUGACUAUUCUGGAAGUCAAGCCAUAAAGGCCUUGAAGGAAGAAGGAAUCUACACCAUCCUCAUCAAUCCUAAUAUCGCGACGAUCCAAACUUCCAAGGGCCUGGCGGAUAAGGUCUACUUCUUGCCUGUCAACGCGGACUUUGUCCGCAAGGUUAUCAAGCACGAACGGCCAGAUGCCAUCUACGUAACAUUCGGCGGCCAAACUGCUCUCCAGGUUGGCAUUCAACUCAAAGAGGAGUUCGAAAAACUUGGCAUUCGUGUUCUCGGUACUCCGAUAGACACUAUCAUCACCACAGAAGACCGUGAGCUCUUCGCGAGAAGCAUGGAAUCAAUCGGCGAGAAGUGCGCCAAAUCCGCCUCUGCUUCCACACUCGAGGAAGCGAUGGAGGUUGUAAAGGAUAUCGGAUUCCCUGUCAUCGUCCGUGCUGCAUACGCUCUUGGUGGGCUUGGAAGCGGUUUCGCUGAGGAUCCUGACCAACUGCGGGAGCUGUGCAUGAAAGCCUUCGCUGCAAGCCCUCAGGUUCUCAUUGAGAGGAGUAUGAAAGGUUGGAAAGAGAUUGAAUACGAAGUGGUCCGCGACGCUCGUGAUAACUGUAUCACAGUGUGUAACAUGGAGAAUUUUGACCCACUUGGUAUCCAUACUGGUGAUUCUAUUGUCGUUGCCCCAUCGCAAACUCUCUCCGAUGAGGACUAUAAUAUGCUUCGGACAACUGCUGUCAAUGUCAUCCGCCAUUUGGGUGUCGUUGGUGAAUGCAACAUACAAUAUGCAUUGAACCCAUUUUCAAGAGAAUAUUGCAUCAUUGAGGUCAAUGCUCGACUAUCAAGAUCAUCUGCACUCGCAUCCAAAGCAACAGGCUAUCCCCUCGCUUUCGUCGCAGCUAAACUUGGCCUGGGAAUCCCACUGAACGAGAUCUCGAACUCAGUCACCAAAGUCACCUGUGCUUGCUUCGAGCCUUCUCUUGAUUAUGUUGUCGUUAAGAUUCCACGCUGGGAUCUCAAGAAGUUCACCCGUGUCUCCACCCAGCUGGGGUCUUCCAUGAAGAGUGUUGGGGAAGUCAUGAGCAUUGGACGGACUUUCGAAGAGGCCAUACAGAAAGCGAUCCGUUCUGUCGACUUCCACAAUGUCGGAUUCAAUGAGACAAACGCGCUUAUGUCUAUUAAAGCUGAGCUCCAAACACCAUCCGAUCAGCGACUGUUCGCGAUCGCCAACGCUAUGCAUUCGGGGUACUCAGUCGACGAUAUCUGGGAAUUGACAAAAAUUGACAAGUGGUUCCUCCGUAAAUUGAAAGGCCUCAGCGAUUUUGGCAAAUUUAUGUCUGGCUACAAUGCCACGACCGCACCCGUUUCUCUCAUUCGACAGGCGAAGCAGCUCGGUUUUUCUGAUCGUCAACUUUCGAAGUUUUUGAGCUCCAAUGAGCUGGCUAUCAGGCGGUUGAGAGUGGAAGCAGGCAUUGUUCCGGUAGUUAAACAAAUUGAUACGGUUGCCGCUGAAUUUCCAGCAUUCACAAACUAUUUAUACCUGACAUACAACGGUUCAGAGCAUGAUGUGGACUUUAACGACCAAGGUGCUAUGGUUCUUGGUUCUGGCGUCUACAGAAUUGGCUCCUCUGUCGAGUUUGAUUGGUGUUCUGUGCGAACCAUUCGAACUCUUCGAGAGCAAGGGUAUAAGACAGUCAUGGUCAAUGUAAGUAGCGGCGCGUCGCGUUCAUCCCCUUUUCAGAGCAACACCCUUUUAUUGGACAAACCCGCCUUUCACCUCCCCCUUCCCCCAUUUUCCCACCUCGACAAUUGUCUUUUCCCUCAUCUUCCCACGACUUCACAAUCUCCUAGAUUUCCCAAAGCUCUCAAGAUUUCCCGAAGACUUUUCAAGGUCCUCUGCUGCUCUGCCUCCACCAGUUUGGUUCCUGGUUGCUCUGGAGACAAUUCGAUUGCUAUGGCUUCUCCUGUGUUCUUUGCUUCAACGGCAUUCAAGCUCAUCAUGCCUGUUGCUUGGAAAUGCCUCUGCGAUAUCCGUCCACGCUUCAAACAUCCUCUAUUAGCCAGAUUCUUAGAUACCCAGGAAGAGUUGGAGGCAACUGCUGAAGGGAUCUCUCUCUCCUUCGCCUCCGGCCUCUUUGAUGUGCUGAAAACCUCAAACUCCCCACGCUUUGAGUAUUUUCAGUCUCUCACUCCCAACCCCCUCCUCUCCUGGGGAAUCUACGCUAUUACCAUGGAGAAAUCCAUGAAAGCGCCCUCGACUUUACAUUGGUUUAACCCCGAGACGGUGAGCACUGAUUAUGAUGAAGCGGAUAGGUUGUAUUUUGAGAAUAUCAACCUGGAAACCGUCUUGGAUAUCUACCAGCUUGAAUCUUCAAGCGGCGUUAUCAUAUCGAUGGGCGGACAGACACCGAACAACAUUGCCCUUCCUUUAUACCGGCUCAAUGUAAAUAUCCUUGGCACAUCUCCAGAGAUGAUUGAUACGGCGGAGAAUCGAUACAAGUUUUCGCGACUCCUUGAUCAUAUUGAUGUCGACCAGCCUGCUUGGAAAGAACUUACAAGUAUAGAGGAGGCUACCGCAUUCUGUGCGAAGGUCGGAUACCCAGUGUUGGUGCGACCUUCCUACGUGCUUUCAGGUGCUGCCAUGAACACAGUUUAUUCGUUGGACGAUCUUGCAAACUAUCUCAACCAGGCUGCUGAGGUCUCACGCGAGCACCCCGUAGUCAUUACCAAAUAUAUAGAGAACGCCAAGGAAAUUGAAAUGGACGCGGUUGCGAGGAAUGGUGUUUUGGUCGGUCAUUUUAUUUCAGAACAUGUUGAGAAUGCUGGUGUGCAUUCCGGUGAUGCUACUUUGAUUCUUCCGCCCCAGGACCUGGACCCGGAGACCGUCAGACGGAUCGAGGAGGCGACUCGCAAGAUCGGCAAUGCUCUAAAUGUCACUGGACCUUUCAACAUCCAGUUCAUUGCCAAGGAUAACGACAUUAAAGUCAUCGAGUGCAAUGUGAGGGCAUCUAGGUCCUUCCCAUUCGUUUCCAAGGUUAUGGGCGUUGACUUGAUCGAAAUGGCAACGAUGGCGAUGAUCGGCAAGCCCUUCGCUGAGUAUCCGCCUGUCACCAUUCCCAAGAAAUAUGUCGGAGUCAAAGUUCCCCAGUUCUCAUUCUCUCGCCUUUCUGGUGCCGACCCUGUGCUCGGCGUGGAGAUGGCCUCCACUGGCGAAGUUGCAUGCUUCGGUCGUGACAGAUACGAGGCUUAUCUCAAAGCUCUGAUUUCAACUGGCUUCAAGCUCCCGAACAAAAACGUCCUCUUCUCCAUCGGCUCUUUCAAGGAGAAGGUUGAGAUGUUGCCAUCUAUCAGAAAGCUGCACGCGCUUGGCUACAAUCUUUUUGCGACAGCUGGUACUGCGGACUAUCUCAAGGAGCAUGGACUUCCCGUCAAGUACCUCGAUGUUCUUGCGGGAGAGGAGGAGGACCUCAAGUCGGAAUAUUCUCUUACGCAACAUUUGGCUAAUAAUUUGAUUGAUCUCUACAUCAAUCUUCCCUCCAGCAAUAGGUUCCGACGGCCUGCAAACUACAUGAGCAAGGGAUAUCGAACACGUCGAAUGGCUGUCGACUACCAGACUCCGCUGGUUACCAACGUUAAAAACGCGAAGCUCCUGAUUGAAGCGAUUGCACGCCAUUACUCUAUGAACGUGAUGAGUAUCGAUUGCCAAACAAGCUAUCGAGCAGUUAUUCUCCCCGGCCUCAUCAACGUCGCAGCAUUCGUGCCGGGACUCGCUAACCCUGAUUCUCCAGAUUUCCAGGUGGUGACCAAGGCUUCCAUCGCUAAUGGUUUCAGCAUGGUCCGCAUCAUGCCAGUGGGUGUAGAUAGCUUCGUUACUGACUCCCAGGCACUCAGGACGGCCCAACAUAAUUCGUCUAAGGGCUCGUACUGCGAUUUCAAUCUAUCGGUCACGGCAACAUCUACUAAUUCAGAGAAAGUUGGCCUAAUCACCAGCGAAGUCGGUUCGUUGUUUAUCCCAUUCAAUCACCUUGCGGGCAACAUCAACAAGGUUGCAACGGUUACCUCGCACUUUGCUUCGUGGCCGACCAAUAAACCUAUAAUCACCGAUGCCAAAGCAACAGAUUUGGCGUCAAUUUUACUCCUUGCCAGCCUCCACAAUCGCAAUAUCCAUGUCAUGAGUGUUACUAGCAAAGAGGACAUCGGCCUAAUUGCACUUAGCAAGGAGAAGGGCCUGAAAGUGACAUGCGAUGUCGCGAUCUACUCUCUUUUCCUGUCUACAGAUGAUUUCCCCGGUUGUGCCUGCCUACCUUCGAAGAAAGAUCAAGAAGCGCUUUGGGAACACUUGGAUUCUAUCGACAUAUUUUCCAUUGGCAGUCUUCCAUACCAGGUUGCCGGUAAAAAUGCCUCUCCCGCAGUUGGAAUCCAAGACGCGCUUCCCCUCCUUUUCACAGCAGUUUCUGACAAGCGAUUAACGGUUGACGAUAUCACCUCCAGACUCCACGAUAACCCGAAAAGGGUUUUCGAACUCCAUGACCAGCCAGAUGCCUCCGUGGAGAUUGAGUUUGACAGGCCAUAUGUGUUCCAAGGCCAUGAUGUCUGGUCACCAUUUGCUGGUACUACUCUGAAGGCAUCUGUCCGACGAGUUACAUUCCAAGGCAAGACGUCAUGCUUGGACGGUAAAAUGAUACCAGACGCGCCGAAGGGCACUGAUAUGUCCGCUCACCGGUUAACGCCACCGCCUCAAGGAUCUCCCGCUGUUAAGGAUAUUCUUCCCACAUCUCCACGGCCGGAAAGCGCUCUUGGGAGACGGUUGUCUUUCUCGGCCACACCACUCCAGCGCCCAACAAGAUUCAAACCUAAUGCCCCUGAUGGAUACGCUCCAUCUGCCUCGGGAGACGAGUUCGUGACUGUUGCUCCAAUGUACCCAUAUCCGUCCCAGGUUUCCCCUUCGUUGCAACAGCUGCUUUCGCAAUCGUCUUUCAAACAGAAACAUAUCCUAUCUGUCGGUCAGUUCACUCGCACUGAUCUACAUCUCCUAUUCACGGUUGCGCAGGAGAUGCGACUAGGCGUCCAACGCCAUGGCAUUCUCGACAUCUUGAAAGGCCGCGUCCUUACAACACUCUUCUUCGAGCCCUCUACUCGUACAUCCGCCUCGUUCGAUGCCGCUAUGCAACGACUGGGCGGCAGAACCAUUCCAGUUUCCACCGAGCAUUCUUCUACUCAAAAAGGCGAAACCCUCCAGGACACUGUCCGCACCUUGGGCUGUUACAGCGAUGCAAUCGUCCUUCGGCACCCAGAUGACAGCAGUGCUGCCACCGCUGCCAAAUUUUCCCCGGUCCCCAUCAUCAACGCCGGAAACGGAGCCGUGGAACACCCCACCCAAGCAUUUCUCGAUCUCUUCACCAUCCGCGAGGAGCUCGGCACCGUCAAUGACAUCACAAUCACUUUCACUGGUGAUUUGAAAUAUGGCCGCACCGUGCACUCCCUCGUAAAGCUGCUCCAAUUCUACGAAGUGCGCAUUCAGCUCGUGUCUCCCAAGGCGCUUGCUAUCCCUGAGGAGGUCCGCCAACAGCUCGUCUUAUCCGGUCAGCUUAUUCUCGAGUCGACGGAGCUUACACCGGAAAUCAUCGCACGGUCGGAUGUGCUUUACUGUACGCGCGUGCAGAAAGAGCGCUUCAAGGACUCGAACGAGUAUGAGCAGUUGAAGAACGUGUUCGUCAUCGAUAACACGGUGCUUAAGCAUGCGAAGAGCCAGAUGAUUGUUAUGCACCCCCUGCCGCGCAACCAGGAGGUAUGUGAGGAGGUUGACUUUGACCAGCGCGCGGCUUAUUUCAGACAGAUGAAAUAUGGGCUUUACUGCCGCAUGGCAUUACUCGCAUUGGUCAUGGCAUCGUGAUAAGGGGUUCAAAUGACCGUUUGGUUACAGGCUGGUUUUCAUGCACCUUCUCGACUUAUCUCCAAAGGGGAAAUACCGGCCGAGAUAUGUAGUUGUUUACUUUUUUUUGUUGGCGAAUCUGCCCAAAAGUUUUUCUGUUAUUAUUUCCUCCCACUUAUUUCAGACUAUUUUUAUUUCCUUUUUCAGUUGCUUUCUUUUUUCAGCGCGAAGACAACCUUAGCAAUGCAGAGCAGACACUUGAAUACAUAAAUAGGAGUCGUAGAUUCCCGUUAUAUGAUUACGGUAUGGUGUAUUUGUUACUUCCUUUUCUGCUAAUUUUUGUGGAUUAUGUUGCUCAUGUAUUUUAUGAUUUUUUCGUGACGUGUUUAUGUUCGAUGGCAUUUCUUUCUGCUUCCCUUCCUUAGUACUCACUUUCUUUUGCUUUGCUUCGUUUUCUUUCCCCUCUCCUGUGCUCGCUGUCUUUUCCUUUGGGAUGCAUUUGCCCGGCGCCUGUUGACAUUUGUCUAAUGAUUUCUUUGUGUUGAUUUGAUUGGGUUGUUUCCUUGCAAAAUAGAUGUUAAGAGCGGUUAGA